AUGAAGGAGGACUGGCAGCUGUCGCAGUUCUGGUACUCUGCCGACUUUGCGUCCCGCUUUGCCACGUUCCUCUACGCGCACUGCACCCCGUCGACCCGGAUCGCGUUCCUGUCGUGCCCGACGUCGUACGUCGGCUUCCAGCACCAGAACCCGCUCCCGCACGUGUACCUGUUCGAGUACGACGCCCGGUUCGGGCUCGUCGCCGGCGACAACUUUGUCAAGUACGACCUCGAGGAGCCAGACGUGUUUCCUCAAGAGCUGCGCGGCAAGAUCGACAUCGCGAUUGCCGACCCGCCGUUCCUCAACGAGACGACCAACCGCUACUUUGCGCAAACGCUCAACUCGCUCCUCGACCCAACCUCGGGCAAGCUCGUCCUCCUCACGUCGACCUCGACGCGUGCGUUCCUCCCCUCGGUCUACACCUCGCCGCCCGCCGGCCCGUUAUACCGCACCAGUUUCGCCGUCGAGCACGCCGGGAGCCGACUGCAGAACGAGUUUGGCGUGUGGACGAGCUGGGAGUGGGAGGGCGAGGUCGAGGGCGUGAGGUGCGAGGGGCGGGAAGAGGGGGCGUGA